UGCUGGUAAAAGAGACGCCAUUUUGCAAGCGUCACUUGGCGGCGUGUCGGGUAUCCGCGUUUUAAACAAAAAUACGUCCACGCGAAGUUUAUUAUUGUUGUGUUUUCGUAUAAUAUGUCGUAUCAGUCUAGUGUAGCGCAGGAUACCUUAGCUGCGGCACAAUUGGAAAUGGCCGGUAACCCCAAUGCCUUGGCUUUGCGUCGGCCAUUCGAUCCAGUGGCACACGAUUUAGAAGCAAGUUUUCGAUUGACAAGAUUCGCAGAUCUCAAAGGAAGAAGUUGUAAAGUACCUCAAGAUGUUCUGGGUAAACUCGUCGAGUCAUUGCAGCAAGACUACUCUCAACAAGAUGAUCAGUUCAUGCAUGUGGCGAUUCCGCGCAUCGGCAUCGGCUUGGACUGCUCGGUAACGCCGCUUAGGCACGGCGGGCUUUGUUUGGUACAAACUACUGACUUUUUCUAUCCUCUCGUUGACGACCCCUACAUGAUGGGUAAAAUCGCGUGUGCCAAUGUAUUGAGCGACCUGUACGCUAUGGGCGUCACUGAAUGCGACAAUAUGCUGAUGCUACUCGGCGUAUCCACGAAAAUGACCGAGAAAGAGCGCGACGUAGUUAUUCCCCUGAUAAUGCGAGGUUUCAAAGACUCUGCUUUGGAAGCUGGUACUUCUGUUACUGGUGGUCAAACUGUCAUUAAUCCUUGGUGCACCAUUGGUGGGGUAGCCACCACUAUCUGCCAGCCAAAUGAGUAUAUUGUUCCUGACAAUGCUGUUAUGGGUGAUGUGUUAGUGCUAACUAAGCCUCUGGGCACCCAAGUUGCUGUAAACGCUCAUCAAUGGCUUGACCAACCAGAACGUUGGAACCGCAUCAAACUGGUAGUAUCUGAAGAGGAUGUACGCAAGGCGUACCAUCGCGCAAUGGACUCAAUGAGCAGGCUAAACCGCAUUGCAGCCCGUCUCAUGCAUAAGUACAAUGCCCAUGGCUCCACAGAUGUAACAGGAUUUGGUCUACUUGGCCAUGCACAGAAUUUGGCCUCUCAUCAGAAGAAUGAAGUGUCAUUUGUCAUUCACAACUUACCUGUUAUUGCAAAGAUGGCUGCUGUCGCUAAAGCCUGUGGAAAUAUGUUCCAACUGUUACAAGGCCAUGCACCUGAGACUUCUGGUGGGCUUCUGAUUUGCUUGCCCCGUGAGCAAGCUGCAGCAUACUGCAAGGAUAUUGAGAAGCAAGAAGGGUACCAAGCUUGGAUCAUUGGUAUAGUGGAAAAAGGCAACCGUACUGCCCGUAUCAUUGACAAACCUAGAGUUAUUGAAGUACCAGCCAAGGAUUAAAUCAAUAAUAACUCUCCAGAUAUGUAUUCUUUAUGACUUGGAGUUGAAUAAAUCUUAAAUUUUUAUUUUAAAGAAUCUACUGACAUUGUCAUAUUUUUAUUUUCAACAUUGACUUUUGUUUGUGCUGUAUUGUGGAUAGCAAACAGCUAGAUAUUGUAAAAUCAGUGAAAAAAGCUUUUAAAUAUUAAUCUAGUGAUUUGGUGUUUAUAACUUAGUUAAGGUUCCACUAUUAAACUAAGAGAACAAUUCCAUUAGGUACCCAAUAAAACCUAAAGAUCAU